UCCUCGUCUUUUAAGCUCAACAGGAAGUUUCUCCAACAAAAGGCUGAAACUAGCUGAAGACGGACAGAUCUUCAAUCUGAAAGCGGCUGCAGAAACUCUGACCUGUGUGACGAGUCUCCAUGAUGAGACGUUAUCAGCGCUGCAGAGAAGGUGAAAACCCAAGCAGGACCUGCAAGCUGCCAGUAGGGGGAGCAGUUCUGCUGGUUCUGGUCGGUCUGCUGGCUGCUGCUCUCAUCAUCAUCUGCAGCCUCUCUUUUGAUAAAAUGCGAACCAAUCAAACCAUCCAAACCCUGAAAGAGGAAAAUGAAGCUCUGAGGAAAAAUAUCUCAGAUCUGACACGUCUGAAGUGUGAACCAGGCUGGGAGAAACAUGGAGGAAACUGUUAUUAUUUCUCCACCACUGAAUCCUCCUGGAUUAACAGCAGAAGUUCCUGUGUUGAUCGUGGAUCAGACCUGGUGAAGAUCGACAGCAGAGAGGAGCAGAUGUUCCUGGUAGGAAGACUGAGAAACUUGAUGGAGGACGAUGAGGACAAGUUCUGGAUCGGACUGAGGGACUUAGUGGAAGAAGGAAAAUGGUUCUGGGUGGACGGAUCUCCUCUGGAUGAAAGUUUGACGUUCUGGAUGGAUGAAGAACCUAAUAACAUAAGUAAAGAUGGUGCAGCCUCAGCUGACUGUGGGAGGAUGGGGAUGAAAAACAAACAUGAUGAUCUGAAGUCCUGGUUCGAUAUAUCCUGUAAUUAUCCUCAGAAAAGUAUCUGUGAGAAAACAGCUGGCUGAGAUCAUGUGUCUGUGUCUGAAGAUCAGUUCAGUCUGUGAACCGAUCUGAGUUCAGCUUCAAGAAGCUGCAGUGAUGCUGGUUUUAUGAAGCUAUUGUCAUGAAAAUAUUACAUUUCCAGACAUGUUGAAAUUAUAAAACUUUCAACAUUCAAUCAUAUUCUUGCUUGAUUUUCUCUCAUAUUAAUAUUUUGGUUUGAAUGCAGAAUGUCCUUUGAAAAGUAUGAAACUAUGUAACUUGUAUUAUGAUCAGGAAUGUCUUCUUAACUUGUUCCACGUUUUGUCCAAUAAAAUAAAUAUUAUGCCAACAUUUUGGUAAAAAUGAAUGAAAUAAAAUAAUCUGGAUAACUUUUAUAACCUCUGCUCAUAUUUACUGCAAUGUUUAUUAAAUUUUUUAUACGUGGUAAUAAUUGAAUAAUUGUUUAAAAAAUUUCUUCAGUGUUUCUCAAACUUAGAAAAGUUACCAGGCUUUAGAGAAAGUUUCUACCUGUAAAUAAUUUUUAAAAUAUUUUGUAAAAAUAAUUGUAACUGAGUAUUAUUAUUGAUGUGAAAACUUCCUUUAAAUCAGUGACUUUGGUUUCAGAUGCUGAUGUUAAUUUCACUUUGGUUUGCCCAAUUUAUUUUGUAAAGGCGACCUAAUGUUUUAUGACUUAGUUAGUAGUUUUUACAGUGUACAUCCUGCCACCUAGUGGCCAUGCAGUGUCAGCUCCCUCAGUCUGAAGCUCUGAUUUCAGCUGAAUCUGCUGACAUCGAUGCUCUGACUGGUUUCCCGUCCGGUUCCGGUUCUGUGCCAGUGGGUUCGUCCCGUCUUAACAAAUAAAGAUGUUUUCUUAUUACUGUUAUUAUCUGCACUUUUAAUUACUGAUUGCCAUUAAAAACUGAAUUUGUCUGAA